AUGACGAUUUCGUACACGUUGGACGUGUCCCAAACCAACAUCCAGAGCUUCAUGAAGCUGCUUUUUCGGUGGCGCGGAAGUGUUUGGAAGGUCCUCAAUUAUGAAUCCCUUAAAGAACUCCUAAAAAAGUUCAGAGAAUAAAAAAAAUGAGUUCGAAAAAUUUAGUACAAGGUUUAACAACAAAAUGAAGGGAAAAAAAAAUCCCAUAUCCAAAAAAAAAUAGCUGGAUUUCUUUUUGCAUUUAAAAUUAAAUCUGAUGAAAAAGUUGUUAUAGGGAUUGAGAAAAAGAGAAAAAAAAAGAAUAAAAAAUUCAUUAUUCUGUAUAAUUUGAUGAAGUUAAUACUUGGCGAGAAAAAUUUAAUAUUCAUAGAUUUUUAAAUUGAAAAAAAGACACUUAAAAAUGUAAAAAAAGUGUUUGGGAUCAAUUUUUUUCACAAAGCAAACGGAAUUUUGCGACCAAGGACAGAAAACAUGGAAAAAAGUCAAAAAAAAGUAUAAUUUUUGAAUCAAUGAGAGGAAUUUUCCUAAAUAAGUUUGAUAGAAGUUUUUAAAUCAUAUUUGCAUCGAGACUUGUUGAACUUUUUAAAAAAAUGGGAUUCAAAAAUGAGAAAUUGAAGAGUUAUUCAGUUUUGAAGAAAUGAGUGAGAAAAAGAGAGCAGAAAAGUUUGAGAAAAAAUGAAUUUCAUUUUUAAAAAAAAAAGUGUUCUCAAAAAUUUGAGUUUUUUGAGGAAAAUGUCAUUUUUAUGAAUGAAAUACGCUUUCAGGCGGUUCUGGAACGAUUAGUGUUGGCGACUUUUUUGUUGUAUUAUAAUCAUUUUUUCCAUCAGUUCCCUGUUCCUUCCACUAUUUAAUUUUUUUAUUAGGUCAUUGAAUAGCAGUUGCAAAAUUCGAAAUUAAAAAAAGUAGAAAAAGGUUUUGGAUUAAAAAAAGUUAGAAAUUUGAAUUUUUGUAAAGAUUUUUUCAUUCAUUUCAUUUCAAGUGUUUAUUCGCCAUUCCACAAUCUGAACGACAAAUACAAAAAAUAACACAUCAAAACAAUCAAAUAAAUCUAACAGCUGAUCUGUGGAAACGGCUGGAGGAAAAGAUUGUCUGUAUAGACGGUGCUAACCCCCCAUUUGGUUUUUAAGUAUAGUCAAUGUUUCUCGACUUGAAAGGCGAGGGACGCGGGGCAAGGGACGGGACGCGUAGCGUGUGCGUUCGCGGUUCUUGGCACGAGUUCAAUACAAUUGCCUUCGACUAUUCAAAAAGCUCGGCAACCGCUCUUUUUCAAUGUUUUCUACUAUUUUUUGAUGCACAAAUGAACAUAAUCAAUAAAUAAUUGAAAAAGGAAUGAAAAGAGCGAAAAACGGGCUUUUCAAAGAGUCGAUGGCGGUUGAAUUGAACACGUGCCAAGAACCGCGAACGCACACGCUACGCGUCCCGCCCCCUGCCCCGCCUCCAUCGCCUUCCAAGUCGGGAAACAUUGACUAUGUUAUCAUUUUCUUCAAUGAAAAGAGACGUUUCAGGCGGUUCUGGGACAAUUGUUAGUGUGGACGUCGGCGUUUCUGCUCAUCAGCUGUGUAUAUCGAUACUUCCUGACGCCUUCUCAACAGACGUUGGCCGAUCACCUUCCUGAUAAUCGAUAAUCGGAGAUUCUCAGGGUUUUCGAGCACCUCGUCCGUUAUUUAGACGCGAAGCUCGACCAGAACAUCCCGCUCACUUUCAUGCUCGGAUUUUUCGUUUCUUUCGUCGUCGGCCGAUGGGGAUCCAUCCUCAACGGAAUCGGCUGGAUCGACGAGUUUGUUCAUUUAUUUUUGAUGCGAAAAUGUUGGGAAAACAACGUAGUAUUCAUGGAAAACCAGACUAUUUUAUUUCUGGGUAGGGGUUUGAAGUAAUAUCUUUGGAGAAUAGAAAAAAUCACCCAUCAGAGACGCUUUCGAAGUAAUUUGUUUUCAGAAAAUUGUUCCUAAAACUUCAAAUUCAGAAAAAAAAAAGUUGGGCGAGUCUCAAAAUCCCAUAAUACGAGUCAUCGCUGUUUCUCAAUUUCUUCUUAAGAACUUCCAAGUUCAUUUCAGAACUUUGUAUAUUGUUCACUCCUAUAAACAUGAACGAAAAUUUGAAAAGCCGUGGUCGCACUUGGAAUGGCUCUGAAGUCGAAGUUUUGAAAUUUAGCAUUUUUCACUUUAUUUGUCGAAUACCGAAGCGCGUGAGUCGUUUUUGGUCGGGUGCGCUUUAAAGCAGCUGCCCAACGGUAAACCAUUCCAAGUGCUGUCGUGAGCUUUCGCAGUAGGGUCAAUGUAGUAAAAACUGCUAAUUAAUUUUGUGACCCGCUAUUCCAAAACUAUUUUUCAAGUUAACUUUCCAAAGAAAAAUGAAAAAAAGAACCCAAAAGUGAUGUUUUCAGUGCUUCUUUGUUGUUCGCAUCGUAUAUAAGGGGUCGUGACGAACCGACAAGAAUCAUCCGCCGCAACUUGGUACGGUGUUUUCUGGCUACAGUAAGCCGAGCGGUUGGCUACAGUAAGCCGAGCGGUUGGCUACAGUAAGCCGAUCGUUGCAAGACCUAUUUUGAAAUAGCCAGAAUUACUUUGAAAAUUAGUAAAAAGAAAUAAAUGAACAGGUACGGUACAUGGUGCUGACACAAGCCCUCGUGCUGCGGGACAUCUCGAUGCAAGUUCGAAAACGGUUCCCGACGAUGGAUACCCUUGCUGCUUCAGGUUAUUCCUACAUAUUCUGAAAAAAGGAAGAAUUUUUGCUAAUAAAUACGAUUGCAAAAAAUUUGGAGGAUUUUGAAGAAAACAGUUUAAAAAAUCAGAGCAUUUUUCAACUUUUUUUCUUUUCUAGUGUAGAAGCGUGUCUAUUAAAAUUCAAAAAUCUAUCAGUUUCUGAGCUAUUUUUUUUCUCUUUCUUAUCUUCGACUUAUUAUCUCUGUCACAAAUGAAAUAUGAACUUAAAAACGCCAGAGUGGUCCCUAGAGGGCUUAUGGAAAGACAGCUCCUAUAGUGAACAAAGAAAUGCUCCCUAGAAGCCUGAUUUUCGGUAGUUCUCAUUGGGUUUAGGAACUGAUUUCUAAGGCUCUAAAGCUUAGGAGGUUCCUAUAGGGAUGUUUUAUUUUUUGUUCGGAUAUAUUAUUUAAAAAGACGUUUGAUUUUUCCUGUGUUUGAAAUGGUUUUAAUUUUUUUUAAAAAGCUAUUUUUUAAGUUUUUCACAUGGAAAUGCAUCUUCUUAUUUCAUAACAAUAAAGUCUAGCAUGCUCCCCUAGAGUGGCCACUUUGUAAAGCUUUAGUGCCCCCCCCCCCCUUAUAGGUUGAGGUAAGGUGGUCCCUGAAGGAGACCUUCAAGUGCUCAAUAGCUGCCCCUCUAGGGACCACUUUGGCUUUCCUGAAAUAGAAUCAAUUUUUUAUCAUUCUUUUUCGAAUAUUUUCUUUCCAGGUCUCAUGACUGAAGAGGAAAUGGAAAUAUUGGACGAGGUCAAAGAUCCUUACAGCAGGUUUGUUUCCCUCAAUUUUUCUUCAAAGUAACCAGAAAUUAUUUCAGAUAUUGGACUCCAAUACAAUGGAGCGUCAAUUUGGUGUACGAAUGCCAAAAAGAAGGGAAAAUCGAGAGUUACUAUCUGAUGAAUAAAGUCGUCGAUGUAAGAUCAUUUAUCUAUUUUUGUGAGAUUAUAGCAAUCUCGAUAGUAUUAUCAUAUGAUUUUCGGCGUUUGAGAAUUUAUUUCGACUUCUUUUAGGGAUUUUUUCAGGCUGUGGAAGUUUUUUUUCUUUUUUUUUCGUAGAUUUUUGUUAACUUAUAUCAUCUUUUGUGUUGGAAUUUCAUAAAUUCAGGAGAUCAGCAAGUUCCGACACGGGUUGGCGUCGCUUCUGAAGUACGACUGGGUGCCGGUUCCUCUGGUGUAUCCUCAAGUCAUUUUUCUCGCCGUCCGCAUUUAUUUCGUCAUCUGCUUGUUUGGCCGGCAGUUCAUCGUUACGGGACCGAAUCGCAGCGGCGUGAGUUGAAAAUAAAAAUCGGCGAAAGUUGAAAACUGGCCCUCACUUUUCGCACGUCGCAAGGGAACUUUCAGAAGGCAACGUUUCUGCCUUUUUUUCUCUGAUUUUUUUGAUUUUUUUAAUCGUCAAUUUCUUAUUCCUUUCGCUAUUUAAUUUUAAGCGUUCAAAAAUGAGUAAUUUACCAAAGAAAUUUUUUUAAAAAAAGCGGGAAAGAUCGGAAAGUCCCCCAGCGAUAUUGAAGCUCGGCCAGCUCGGCCUAUGUUUCCCAGUUAGUGACAACUUUAGGGGAGCUUAGUCGUUUAUUGUUAUGAAAUCAUGAAAAGAAGCAUUUUCAUUUAAAAAAACUCAAUAAAUUAACGUUUUUUUGAGUGAAAAAUAUAUCAAACAGAGGAACAAUCGAUCGAGUUUCAUAAACGUUUUCUCAAGUUUCAAAUAUGAACAAAAAAUCAAAGAACCCCUAUAAGAACCACUCAAGCUUUAGGGGCUUAGAGAUCAGAUUUUCAACCUCUCUAGGGAUCACUGCGGAGUUUCAAAAAGGAAGAUUUUCAGAUUGAUCUGUGGCUACCGAUAACGACGAUGGUCCAGUUCAUUGUCUACAUUGGAUGGAUGAAAGUAAUAUUUUUAUAAAUUUUUCACAGAGUUAUACCGGAACUUGGGUUUUUUUUUUCCAUGAAAGAGAAAGGAGAUCACUCUGAAUUAAUGUAGAAUCGUCUUCCUUUAAAAAAUAACCUUUCGGACCGUUUUUUAAUGACAAAAUUUUCCAGUUAUUAAAAAACGAAGUUUUAACUUUUUAAAGUUUAAAAAAAGUCUAGGUCGUUUUUCAAUGAAUAGGGAUGAAAAAUUUAAUUUUAUUUCACAUUUUGCAGAUUUUGAGUUUUGCCGCUACUUUUGAGCGAAUCGAAAUGGGAAAAAUCUUAUGAAAAGAGUCAAAAAUUUGCUUUUUCCUCCUUUAAAAUCAAAGAAAAACGUUUUCAGAAAGCUCAAAUUGCAAAUUUCUGCAAAUUUCUAAGAAAUAUGUUUCAGUCUUGAGCCAAAAACUCGGUGAAAAAAGAGAAAAACAUAAUUCUAAGUUUUUUCCAACUGGAGAUUUUAAAAAAAUGUGUUUAUCCAGGUACAAGUUUAUUUUGAUUUUUUUGAUAAACAUAUUUUUUCUCAGGUCGCCGAGGCCCUACUAAAUCCAUUGGGAGAGGACGACGACGACCUCGAAUGCAACUACGUCAUCGACAAGAAUCUGAUCGUAAGCUUCCAAAUUCCUACCGUAACCCUCCAUAAUUAUCACACAGUUGAUCGAAAGCUACCGUAGUCCAAUUGUUAGAUAUCGUGGUGUUUUGUGAUUUGGCUUCAUUUUUUCACCGUACAGUAAUACAUAUAGAAGAGUUUUGGCCGUGAGAUUGCGCCGCGGUGCAUGAUACUGUAGGUACCGUAGCCCCGCCCCCUAAACAUACCAUUUUAGACCGGCUUCAGUAUAGUCGAUGAAGUGUGGAAGCCUGACAAAGAGGUGACAAACGAAAAGACUAACCUUACAGUAAUCCUUUUUUUCUCGAUUUUUCGAGAAAAUAGGAGUUCCUAACGCUUUGCAUGUUUGGUUGCUGGGAAACCUGGCUUUCGCUUUGUUGCCGUCAUUAUUGCUCAUGUUAUGGAAGGAUUUUGAGCAUGAUUCUGGGCUUUUUCUUGAACAAAAUUGCCAUCCAUUGGACCAAAGAAAAUAUUUUAAAAUUUUAACCAGCAUUUCUAGGGAUCACUUAAGAGUGCUGGCGUCGCUAAAGUGGUCCCUUGAAACCACUUUAGCGACGCCAGCAAUGCUCAAAAACGCCCGGUUUGCGUAGAAGAUUCUCAAUCAAACUCUGCCAAAAACAACCGAGUCCGAUGGAGCGCAUUUGUUCUAUACUUUUUCCAAGAUGGUCAUGAAUGGACUAAAGUAUUUUGUGAUAAUUUCACAUGAAAAAUCACUCAAAACAGCCUGAAGACUAAUUUAUUGGUCUGAUGAUAACUUCCAUCGCCUUGCAGAGCUGUGCGCCGAGCUUUUCUUUUAACUUAUGUGGGUCUCGUAUUUCGAAAACCCUAAAAACUUUAUCUUUGGCUUUUUUUCAAUCAAAGGCAGUCUAUUCAGUUUGUCAAAUUUUCAAAAACAUUUUAUAAAUUCGAAAAAACUUCCUGAAUAUCAAAAGUCCCACGCGCAGCUCUCCUCUCUUCCUCCCAGCUUCUGCCUUCUCCCGAUUUCCCAUUCUUGAGUCAAGAUAAAAACGUUUCAGACGGGUUAUUCGAUGGUGGAAGAGCACCUGGCCCGAAUUCCCAAGCAAUGUCACGACGAGUUCUGGGGCAUCGACAAAAUCGCGCCGUUGUAUUCGAUAGAAUCUGCGGAAAGAUCCGUUCAUCCGCUCGUCGGAAGCGCAAGCAAGAUCAAGUCGGCUGCACAUUUUAUUGAAGUGGAAUACAGAGGAAACUUUGCAGCCUUGUCAAAAAUCGAAGAGAAAUCGUCAUGACGCCGCACAAGAACAAGCUGAGUGAGAUCGAUCCCACCGAGCAGGUUUGUUCGAGACUUUUAUUUUCAGAGAAGGUUUUAGGAGAAUCUAGAAGGACCACAGAUUGAGGAAAGUCUCAACAAGAACAAAUUAAUGGAGGUUUCAGAAAGCCUAUUUACGACGAGUUUGCGUGGCUGACCACAACGCGAAGCACGCCAAGCAGAGAAGUAUCGAACGGGCGAAUUCGCCCGACACUUGUCUCAGUCGCGUCAGAAGUCGCUCAAAGUGGGUUCGAAACAACAUUUUUGUACUCAUCCGAAGUUUUUUGAAAGAUUCCAAGUCGCUUACUUCACUGAUUCAUUAGGGGUUGAAAGAUAAUCGAAAAAAAAUUUUCAUUUUAACUCUGGAAUUAGUAAAACACUCAUUUUUUUAUACCGAUGCAAAAUGGUAAUUUUAAAAAUGAAUCAAAGUAAAAAGGAUGGAUGAGACGUGUUUAUGUACGAAGAUGAUGUUUUGAAUUUUUUUUUCUUUUUCACUCAUUUUGAAAAGCAAAAAUAUCGAAUAAUGGGAUUUUUCGGCUUCUCAAACUAUAAGCCAAUCCCUCGAAUCACCAUUUUCAAAAAUCAAACUGUCGUUUUUUUCUCUCCAAGUUCUUUAUUUGGGGGUUUUUUUAAAGAUAACUCGAAUUAUGUUGUGUCAAAAAAAUAUUUUUUUAUGAAUUUUGAGCUGAAAAAUAAAGCUUCAAAGGAGAUUCACCUAAAUUGAAAUUUUAUUUGUAGUUGUGUUAUUUUCUUAAGAUUCAAAGAUUGAAAAACAAAAACAAGCGGGAAAUAAAUCCAGGUUUAAAAAAAUCGGUUUUUUUGGCUUUAACCUUUUUAUGAUCCGAUCAAAGACGUUUUGAUUUUCGCUACAUUUCGGGUGCUACGAAAAGAGCGCGUUUUUUCCAUUCUGAUUUUUGAGCUUUUUAAAAAAUGAUAAAACGACGAGAAGCGGUUAAAAAGCAUCAACUAUCUUUCGAAAAAAAAAACGUCUCUUAUCGCAGUACCGAAUUUCGAAAGGACAUUUCGUUUCCCUCUGAGAGAUUCACUAAAAACUCCCCAUUUUUAGAUCGGAGUUACAGUUUAUCCAAUUUUACGAAAAGUAAGUCCGCAUGGUGUGGUCCACGUGUUGUUCUUUUUCUCCUCUUAUCUUUUUUCUAACAUCCGUAGUAUCGUAAUCCUAUAUAUUAAAAACUAAAAAUUUUUCAUCAGUGAGGAUAGAAAAAAAAACGAUUUUCAGCGGGAAAUUCCGGACGGUUUCAACAAAUGGCGUUCCUCGAAACGGAGAUGAUCCGUGGCAACGUUCGGGUCAGUUCCUUUGGGUUACUGUAGAAAUUACAACAAUAAAAAAAGCGAUUUUUCACUGCUUGAAAGCACAAUUCAGUUUUCCCUCCCCUAUUAUUUGGUUAGGAUCUGUGUGCCAGGACUUGAAAUUCCACCGAACGACAUUCCGCUGUUCCGCUGCGUGCGUCCGCGAAGCAUCUUUCGAAUUUCACGCUUUCAAUUGAUUGUUAUUGCUGUGGGAGCACAUGAAAGUAGAGUACUUUAAUAAAAGAAAAAAAAAUUAAAUGCGCGACGAAGGUUCGCAGAGACGCGCAGCGGCACAGCGGAAUGUCGUUUGGUGAAAUUCCAAGUCGUAGCUGUAACUUCUUUUCUUUUUGUUGCACGUUAAGUUAUUCAUAGUUAUAACUUUAAUCACCUGAUAGGCAAAGAUUGUGUUCUCAAAAAUGAAUAAUUGCAAAAAACUAAGGGAAAAAAAUGAGUAAUUUAGGAUCGAUCAUAUAGCCGGAGGUGAGUUGGAACGGAUUCAGAAAGCUCACAAAUUUCAUUAACUUUUAAGAAACUUUUGCAUGAAUUUCGCUUUGAGUAUUGUUUCCUACUAAUAUCUUUCACAAUUUUUGGACAAUAUUGGAUCGAUUCAUUUUUCUUGCAUGCCUUUUGAAUCUCUCUAGAAAAAGGUAGAUGAUAUUGGGAGUGUUUUUUUUUAAUUAUAGGAACUUAUCAAUUAAUGAAGCUUUUGUAAAAAUUUGAACUUUUUGUAGAAUCGAUUUUCUCAAAGUUUCUACACGUUUCAAAAAAAAAUUGCAGAAAAAGAUCAGUUCGAUUUAAAGUCAGAAUUAUAGCAACUUUGAAACCAAGUUUAACUGUUCUUUAUAGUGUUCACAAUUGUAUGAACUACUCUAGGAAUAUAGUCCAUUUUUCGCGACUUGAAAGGACUUGAAAAUUCUUUGCGCCCUCUUCAUCUCUAGACGUCUCUCUCAUGUUUGCGUGUUGUUUUCAUGUUUCUCUGACUUCGUCAGUGAGGGAACACAGAGACGCAGACACGCGAAAACUGUCAAGUCGCGGUGAACGGACUAUAUUUAAUUUUGAAGUUUUUUAAGCGUUUUUUCAAUAUUUCAACUGAAUUAUACCUUUAUUAGAAGGCUUUGAAAAUAAAAGUUUUGCCGACUUUUUCAUUCAUACAUAACUAACCGAAAAAUAUUUGAUUGCUGUGCCUUUUUGUAACAUCACCUCGGCUUUCGAUUUCUUGAAUAAUAUUUGAGUAACCUGUCAAAGUUUUUCAAGAAUUUUUCAACAAUUUCAGGAGAGACUGAACAAAAUCACGGGCCGCACUCCAACCAAGUUCAUCCACACACCCAUUCCAUUCCUAUCGGUCAAGGUAAUCAAAAUUCAAGUUUCAUUUUAAAAAAUCAGAGUUUAAAUAAGAUAACGUCUGCUUAACUGAUUUUUUUUAUUAUCAGGAGGAAAGAUUAUCAGAACAGAUCAUUUUCAAUAUUUUAAAGAACCUUUUCACGCACUCUUCGACAUAAAUAAUCCUGGAUCUUUCAAUCACAUUUCCCAAUUUCAGACCCAGAGCUCGGUCGUCGGCCGUAA